AAGAUUCAGUGUUCAUUUGCCAACCGUUGGCAUCGGUUCUGGUUCUCGGUGGCGCUCUAAUUCGUACCUUUUAUUUUAUUUAACUCUGUGGCUCAUUACAAACUUGUGCUUUUGUUUGGCUACCUAACUGCCUACCACUUAUCUGCCUACUACAUUGUACCGCUGCGAGUCAUAAAAAUCCAAGAGUAUCAAGUUUGAAGUGGUUUGAAUUAUUCCAACUUCCAUCACAUUUCUUGUAGAGUUUCUGCUUGAAACUAAGAAACGACGCGUUUUGCAGACUAUACGCGUACUACAAAAAAAAAAGAAAGGAGAAAAAAAAAUUAAAAAAAAAAACAUUAAAAAACGUGUCAUACAAAUGAACUGUGAAACACGUGGGUUUCUGCGGGCGACUUACUAACUCUACAGAGCGCGAUCGCUGCGAUCACAUUUUGCCAGACAACUCAAGUAAACGCAUACACAUAAAUACGUACAUACAUACCCGCAUAGGCUACAUACAAAUGUGCGCUGUUAUGUAUACUUUGUUGAGCAAAUAACAGAAUUAAGUACGCGAAGUGACGUUAUUGAUUUGUUAAAAAAUUGCACAUUAGCGACAUUCAUUUGUAGUUUGCUUCGUUGUUGACGCUUAACGCAAUCAAUUCCAAUAAAAUUACGCUCUUGUGCCAAAAUUUAUUAAGAAGUCACUUGAAAAGUUUUUAGAAACAAAAAAAAAAAAAAAAAAAAAAAUACCAAAUACCAAAUAUAAAACAAAAACAAAAAAGUGUCAAAAUGUCUUCGAAAACAACGCUUGUUGGUGGUAAGCAAUUGUUGGUUGUCGGCAGUGGUGGCCGUGAGCACGCGAUUUGCUGGAAACUGUCGCAGAGUGAGCAGGUGGUCAAAAUCUAUGCACUACCUGGUAGCCAUGGCAUUGCGCAAGUGCCGAAGUGUUCUAAUCUUGUUGGCGUAAAUGCGAAAGAUUUUAAGGCUAUCGCCAACUGGUGCAAGAAGCAAUCAAUAGACUUAGUUAUUGUCGGUCCAGAAGACCCCUUGGCCCAUGGACUCGGCAAUGCUCUCAAUAAAGCUGGCGUACGUUGUUUUGGCCCCAACAAGGAAGGCGCACAAAUCGAGGCCGAUAAGAAAUGGGCCAAGGAUUUUAUGCUGCGUCACAGCAUACCGACUGCACGCUAUGAAUCUUUUACCGAUGUGGAAAAAGCUAAAGAGUUUAUAAAUAAUGCGCCCUACAAGGCACUCGUCGUCAAAGCCGCCGGCUUGGCUGCUGGUAAAGGCGUAGUAGUUGCAGCCGACCCUGCUGAAGCCUGUCAGGCAGUCGACGAAAUAUUAGGCCAACGCAAGUAUGGCAGUGCAGGUGAUACAGUGGUCAUAGAGGAACUACUCGUCGGCGAAGAGGUUUCGGUACUCGCCUUUGUCGACACCCGACAUGCCCAAGCAAUGCUACCCGCGCAAGACCACAAACGGCUUCGCGAUGGUGAUGUAGGUCCCAAUACUGGCGGUAUGGGUGCCUACUGCCCUUGCCCCUUGAUACCACCCGCCGAUCUGGAACGCAUCAAUCGAGCUAUACUACAAAAAGCCGUGGACGCUUUGCGACAAGAGGGUAUACACUAUUGUGGUGUGCUCUAUGCGGGCCUUAUGAUAACUACAGAUGGGCCUAAGGUAUUGGAGUUCAACUGUCGCUUUGGCGAUCCGGAAACACAGGUCAUAUUACCACUACUCGAGAUUGAUUUGUAUGCUGUGAUGAGCGCAUGCGUAGAGAAUCGUUUGAAGGAAGUCACGCUGCAAUGGCGAGAGGAUGUAAGUGCCGUGGGUGUGGUCAUGGCCAGUGCUGGCUAUCCAGAGACCUCGACAAAGGGUUGCAUUAUCGAGGGUAUGCCGAUCAAUACGGCUGAUGAGUUAAUCUUCCAUAGCGGCAUAACUGUUGGCAAGACGGGCGAGUAUCUCACUAACGGCGGACGUGUGUUGAUCGCGGUAGCGCUGCGCAAGGAUUUGCGGGAAGCAGCGGCGGAUGCUACUGAAAUAUGUCAGAGUAUCACAUUUGCCGGGGCAGGUGCGCAGUUCCGUACCGACAUUGCAGAGAAGGCAUUCAAAAUGCUGACGACGGAAGCCCCGAAGCUUAAGGCGCUCUCUUACAAAGACAGCGGUGUCGACAUAGAUGCGGGCGACGAUUUGGUGCAGCGUAUAAAACCAUUAUCGCGCGGCACGCAGCGACCCGGCGUCGUAGGUGGCCUGGGCGGAUUUGGUGGCUUAUUUCGCUUGAAUGAGUUGAACUAUACAAAACCGGUCAUCUGUGAGGCCAUCAAUGGUGUGGGCACGAAGAUAAAGCUUGCACUCGAGCAAGAAAUGUACGAAAGCAUUGGCUACGAUCUGCUCGCCAUGUGCGUCAAUGACGUGUUGGAAUCUGGUGCGGAGCCAAUUGCUUUUCUGGACUAUAUAGCCUGUGGUAAGCUGCAGGUGCCUGUGGCAGCGCAAAUUGUUACAGGUAUUUCCGAAGGUUGUCGUGCCGCAAAUUGUGCGCUUUUAGGCGGAGAAACCGCUGAAAUGCCCUCCGUCUAUGAGGUAGGAAAAUACGAUAUUGCUGGCUACUGUGUGGGCAUUCUCGAGGCAGGCAAGGAGUUGCCGAAAUUCAAGCAGUACGAGGAAGGGGAUCUACUGAUCUCGCUGCCAGCGAAUGGGCUGCACUGUGCAGGUUUCCAUGCGUUGCUGAAACAACUAGAAGUGGCGGGAAUUGAUUUGAUGGAGAGGUGCGAGUUCGGUGAUUUCACUAAAACGUUAGGUCAACAGCUCUGCGAACCAUCGCGAAUCUACGUUAAAGAAGUCAAUGCGCUUUUACGCGAAUGCGAGGUAAAAGCAAUUUCGCAUAUUAGCACCGGUUUGCUACCAGACGUACAACGUAUCAUACCGCCUGACCAUGAAAUCUCGCUGGAUUUUGGUGAUCUCAAAAUACCCACCAUUUAUGGCUGGUUAGCGGCCAAAUUGCGCCUAAGUCCACAGACGCUUUUGGAUAACCUAAACUGCGGCAUUGGAAUGGUGUUGAUUGUAUCGAACAAGAGCAAUGUUUGGAAAACACUGCUAGGAGCAGGGGCGAAAGUGUUUGGUGUCUUGAAACGUAAACUAAAGACGUGCCAUCAGAAACACCAAAUUGAGGUGCGCAAUUUUAUGGAAGGUUUGGAAAAGAUCGCCGAUCGCUUUGGUGGUAUUUCGGAAAGGCAUACGCGCUCAUUGGAUGAGCCACAUCAACGUGAUUUAGCAUUGGAACUCUGUGAUGCAGCCUUGACACAGCAGCGCAACGAAACUUUUACCACAAAGUUGGGCAGACGGUUGAUGAGCGUGCCACAGACUUUCAAGGAUCCGGUUUUAGUGGUGGGCACUGAUGGUGUGGGCUCUAAAAUUAAGAUUGCACAGCGAACACAGCGCAAUGGAACGGUCGGCAUAGAUUUGGUGGCGAUGUGUGUAAAUGAUAUACUGUGCAAUGGCGCUGAGCCGUUAACGUUUUCGAGUUAUUAUGCCUGUGGCGAUUUAGUGGAAGAAACGGCAGCUAGCAUUACGGGUGGCGUGAUCGAAGGUGCAUCGCAGGCGGCCAGCAGUUUAGUGGAGACGCACAUUGCCGAGGUGCCCUUGCUCUAUCCCUCCGAUGUCUACGAUCUCGCCGGUUUUUCACUCGGUAUUGCCGAAUAUAGUCGCCUACUGCCACUGACGGACGAGAUACGUGCUGGCGACGUUCUCAUCGGCCUUCCAUCUUCCGGCGUACACAGCAAUGGCUUCAGUCUCGUACAUGCCAUUAUGAAACGGGCUGGCGUCACAUUUGAAGACAAAGCACCAUUCAGUCAUCAUACCUUUGGCGAAGAGUUCCUCACACCAACACGCAUUUAUGUCAAAGCUUUGUUGCCGCUGAUACGACAGGGUCAGGUCAAAGCAUUGGCACACAUCACCGGUGGCGGUCUAACCGAGAAUAUACCACGCGUAUUGCCUAAAAAUUUGGCUGUUCAAUUGGAUGCCACUCAGUGGAAUAUACCACCUGUUUUCGCCUGGCUCUCGGCGCAAGGUAAUGUCGAGUCUGCUGAAAUGCAGCGCACCUACAAUUGCGGUCUCGGCGUAAUUUUGGUGGUGGCGCCGGAGCUUGAACAUUCCGUGCUGGCAGAGCUACAGUAUCGCGAACGCGCGACACGUGUCGGUGUUGUAGUGGAACGCGCACAGCCCGAAGUACCACAGGUUGUCGUCGAAAAUUUCGGUCGGUGUCUGCGGCGCGCUCAAAAGAUGCUGGCUAGGCCGCGCAAACGUGUUGCCGUGCUUAUUUCUGGCACAGGCAGCAAUCUGCAAGCACUGAUGGAUGCUUGCCGCGACACAUCGCAAGGUAUGCACGCCGACAUCGUGUUGGUCAUAUCGAAUAAGGCGGAUGCAUUGGGUAUUGAGCGCGCGAAAAAAGCGGGCAUAUCAACGGCAGUGGUGUCCCACAAGCAGUAUGCAAAUCGUGAAGAUUUCGAUGCGGAAAUGAGUAGAAAGUUGGUGGAGCACCACGUGGACUUGGUGUGUUUGGCUGGAUUUAUGCGCAUCUUGAGUGAGCAGUUUGUACGUCAGUGGAAGGGACGACUGGUGAACAUACAUCCAUCGUUGCUGCCCAAGCAUCCUGGCUUGAAGGUGCAGCAAAAGGCGCUCGAUGCAGGUGACAAAGAGUCCGGCUGCACAGUGCACUUUGUCGAUGAGGGCGUUGAUACUGGUGCCAUUGUUGUUCAAGCCAGCGUGCCUAUACUGCCGAAUGAUACCGAAGAGACUUUGACAAAACGUAUACUCGUUGCCGAACACUUUGCUUUCCCUAAAGCGUUGCGGCUUUUGGCCACUGAAGCGGUCAAGCUGAGUCAGGAUGGCAAAGUGAUUUUUACCUGAUAUUUAUGUUUGUAGAUUUUCAGUUACAUUUGGGCGGGAAAUAAAUAUUAAAACUAUGCAGUUGCAAAUUUUUCAGUUACUAGAUA